UUUUUGAAUAGUUAAAGGUGCAACCAGCAAAACUGAGAAUAUUUACCGAUAGGAGCAAAUGGUACGGGUAAAAAAUUCGGAGUCGGGUCGAACAUGAGACCCGACAAGUUGACCUUAUAAAAAUUUGCAUCUUUUCCGACUGUAAGCUGAAGACGAGCCGAUGACGACUAUGAAAUAAGCUUAAUUCUCUGCAAUUGAUCAGUUGAAAUUAUUUACUUUUUUUUAUUUUUUAUUAUUAUCAGUAGAAAAUAGCACAAGAAAUUCUGGAAAGUGAAGAUGCGGAAGCGAGAUUUAGCAAUUCUGAUGCUCGCCGCUUUCGCCAUUUUCUUCUCUCUUCAGCGGGAGGGCGAUUUUUCGUUCAAAGAGGCGUGGUUCCAUUUGUCCGAUGAGUAUCCGAUUAAGUACGAGGGUGAGCGUCUGCCGCCGCCAAUUGUCGCCGAUCUGAACGGCGAUGGGAGGAAAGAGGUUCUCAUCGCUACUCACGAUGCAAAAAUUCAGGUCUUGGAACCCCAUGUGAGGCGUGUGGAUGAAGGUUUUAGUGAAGCACGUGUGCUGGCAGAGGUCUCUCUAUUACCUGAUAAACUCCGCAUAGCUACAGGGAGGCGUGCUGUGGCAAUGGCCACUGGAGUUAUUGAAAAGAGUUACAAUAACAGGGAACCAAGGAAGCAGGUCUUAGUUGUUGUAACAUCAGGCUGGUCUGUGAUGUGUUUCGAUCACAACCUCAAGCAGCUGUGGGAAGUAAAUUUACAGAAGGAUUUUCCUCAUAAUGCUCAUCAUAGAGAGAUUGCCAUCUCGAUUAGCAACUAUACAUUGAGACAUGGAGAUUCAGGCUUGAUAAUUGUUGGUGGGAGGAUGGAGAUGCAGCCUCAUAUGCAUGUAGAUCCGUUUGAGGAGAUUGAAAUGCUGGAGAAAAAUGCUGAGGAGCAUAGAAGAAGUGCCACCGAAAAGGAUGCGUCUGAAAAUGCAGGAACAGUAGACUUGCGUCACUUUGCUCUUUAUGCAUUUGCUGGUCGAAGUGGUGAAUUGCGAUGGACCAGAAAGAAUGAGAACAUUGAAGCUCAAUCAUCUGAUGCAUCACACUUGAUUCCACAGCACAAUUACAAGCUUGAUGUUCAUGCAUUGAAUACUCGUCAUCCUGGAGAGUUUGAAUGCAGGGAGUUCAGAGAAUCCAUUCUUGGUGUCAUGCCACAUCAGUGGGAUCGCCGGGAAGACACUGUGCUUCAGCUAGCGCAUUUCAGACGUCACAAGAGGAAAACAUUGAAAAAAGUACCCGGCAAGCCCACCAACUACCCUUAUCACAAGCCCGAAGAAAAACAGUCUCCUGGAAAGGAUGUGUCGAAAAAAGUCUCAAACGUGAUUGACAAGGCAGUUAAUAUCGCUAAAUCAGCAAAGGGAAAGAAGCCUUUGCCUUAUAUACCUACCAUAACAAAUUACACUCAGCUCUGGUGGGUACCUAAUGUUGUCGUUGUUCAUGAAAAGGAAGGGAUUGAAGCUGUUCAUUUGGCAACUGGACGUACCCUAUGUAAGCUACAUCUUCAAGAAGGUGGCCUUCAUGCUGAUAUUAAUGGAGAUGGCGUUCUAGAUCAUGUCCAGGUUGUUGGAGCAAAUGGGGCUGAGCAGACAGUUGUGAGUGGAUCAAUGGACGUGUUGCGUCCGUGUUGGGCUGUAGCAACAUCAGGAGUGCCUGUUAGAGAACAGCUUUUCAAUGCCUCUAUUUGUCAUCACUCUCCUUUUAAUUUAUUCCAACACGGAGAGUUCUCCAGACACUUUGGUCGCCAUUCAGAUGUGAGUUCGUUAGAGGUUGCAUCCCCUAUUCUCAUCCCUAGAAAGGAUGGUCAUAGGCAUCGUAAGGGAAGUCAUGGUGAUGUUGUCUUCCUAACAAACCGAGGCGAGGUUACAUCAUACUCUCCAGGAUUGCACGGACACGAUGCAAUCUGGAACUGGCAGCUCUCGACAGGCGCCACUUGGUCAAACCUUCCAUCACCUUCCGGAAUGUCCGAGUCAACCGUGGUCCCCACACUAAAACCAUUCCCACUCCGCCAGCACGAUUCCCAAGAACUAGUUCUAGCAGCAGGUGAUCAAGAAGCCAUCGUACUAUCUCCUGGAGGAAGUGUACUAACCACCCUCGAUCUUCCCGCACCUCCCACACACUCGUUGGUCUUCUCUGAUUUCUCGAACGACGGUCUGACCGAUAUUAUUCUCGUAACUUCUAACGGUGUUUAUGGCUUUGUCCAAACGAGGCAACCUGGUGCACUUUUCUUCAGCACACUCGUUGGAUGUCUUAUUAUUGUGAUGGGGGUGCUGUUUGUCUCCCAGUACUUGAAUUCGGUCAAGGGUAAGCCUAGAGCAUUAUCUGGUCAACUGUAGUAACAACUUCGAAAAAAGUUUUGUAAACAUUAAUGGGGGGCCCACAGAGUACGAAAGAGAACGAAAACAUGUUGGUUGGCUCUUGAUCAGAUGGAGCUUGAAAAGCUUUUUACGUGUAAUUCUCGGAAGAAAGAUAUAUAAAUAUAUGUAUAAAACUGUGAAUUGAUGAUGUUAGUUUAAUGAUUUAUCGAUGAUCGACUGUAUGUAUCGUGACUGAGAAAAAAUUAUGUGAUUGAGUCGCGAUCUUAUAAAACUGUCCGAUUGAGGGAUUUUCUCCUUUGAGGUUAA